AUGUCUGUCAACAUCAACCGCAGCAUUUCAGAUCAGUUCUAUCACUACAAAAUGCCCCAUCUGAUUGCUAAGGUUGAGGGCAAAGGAAAUGGAAUAAAGGCAGUUAUAGUCAACAUGGUUGACGUUGCAAAGUUGCUUAAUCGUCCUCCAAUGUAUCCCAUGAAAUUUUUUGGUUGUGAGUUGGGAGCACAGACCCAGUUUGAUGUUAAGAAUGACCAUUACAUUGUCAAUGGAUCUCAUGAGGCGAAUCAGCUGCAAGACAUGUUGGAUGGAUUCAUUAAAAAAUUUGUUCUCUGUCCCGAGUGUGAGAAUCCUGAACCUGAUCUGCAUGUCAAUCCUAAGAAACAAACAAUAGGUAACUCUUGCAAAGUCUGUGGCUAUUGAGGCAUGCUUGACGCAAACCAUAAACUCUGCACAUUCAUUCUCAAGAACCCACCUGAGAAUAGUGACAGUGUUACAGGAAAAAAGGAAAAAGAAAAGAAAAAUAGAAAGGGCAAAGACAAACAAAAUGGUUCCGUGUCCAGCAAUGAGAGAACACCACCACUAUCACCACUCAAUGAACUUAACCCUCCACAUGCUGUGGAAGAUGAUGAGGAUGAAGAUUGGGGAGAGGACACAACUGAAGAAGCUCAAAGGCGCAUAUUGGAUGAAAUUAGUGAUCAUGCAAAACUUCUGACACUUAGUGAUGACUUAGAAAGGACAGUUGAAGAGAGACUCAAUAUUUUAUUUGACUUUGUGAAGAAAAAGAAAGAAGAAGGUAGUAUCGAUACCCCUGACAAAGAAGUUGUCGCAGAAGCAGAAAGACUGGAUGUAAAAGCUAUGGGCCCUCUUGUUUUGACUGAGGUUCUUUUUCAUGAGAAGAUUAGAGAACAAAUUAAGAAGUAUAGACAUCAUUUUCUACAAUUCUGCCACAACAACAAAAAAGCUCAGAGAUACCUUCUUCAUGGUUUAGAAUGUGUAGUAGCUAUGCAUCAAGCUCAGCUCAUCUCCAAAAUUCCACAUAUCUUGAAGGAAAUGUAUGAUGCAGACCUUGUGGAAGAAGAGGUCAUCAUUAGCUGGUCAGAAAAGGCCUCUAAGAAAUAUGUCUCAAAGGAACUUGCCAAAGAGAUUCGUGUCAAAGCGGAGCCCUUUAUAAAAUGGCUAAAGGAAGCAGAAGAAGAAUCUUCUGGUGGAGAAGAGGAAGAUGAAGAUGAAAAUAUUGAGGUAGUAUAUUCUAAGACUGCCAGCAUUCCUGAAGUUGAAACUGUGAAGUCUGCUGAUAACAAGGAUGAUGACAUUGAUAUCAAUGCCAUUUAA